GUUGCAGGAUUUGGCGCGUUAUUUACGUGCAGGAAGUCUGGACCUGGAUAUUGACUUUAUGAACACGUUUUAAGAGACAGUCCGUCGUUUCUGCUGGAUAAUGCUCUCUAUCUUUGAGGAAAGGAGCUGAAAAGGGCCGACACCAUGUCAGUGGCAGUGGAUACCACAGUGUCCAGAGUACCUCUCCCUCUGCCGACCCACUUCUGUCAUGCAGAACAGUCCUUCUCCCUUAAAAAGCGCCGUCUCCCUUUUUCCCCGUCGUCUAUGUCCAACUCAUCCUACUCUUCCCCUGCCCGGCUCUCACACUCUCUGCCCCCGCUGCCACCAUCAAAGGGAUGUCCUCCUUUGAGUCGGAUGUUUCCCCAGCAUCAAUCCCCCUGGACUCCCCUGUCGUGUUCCCUGAGUAAGUCUCCCCCUCCGAAUUCUGUAUAUGAUCCCAGCAAACAGCAGUCCUAUUUCAGUCAGUGCUACACUAAUUUGGGCCUGCUGGGAAGAGGAUCCUUCGGAGAGGUCUACAAGGUGCAAAGCAACAAGGAUGGCCGUCUGUAUGCGGUCAAGCGCUCUGCUCAUCGCUUCAGGGGCAACAGUGACCGGAACCGCAGCGUGAGGGAAGCCAGGAACCAUGAGCGCCUCUGUCCUCACCCUCACAUCUUGAAUUUUGUGGCAGCCUGGGAGGAAUGUGGCCGACUGUACAUCCAGACAGAGCUGUGUAGCACCAGCUUGCUGCUCCAUGCUGAGAACCAGCCUCCUGGCCCAGAUGAGCCUGCUGCCUGGGCCUACCUGUGCGACCUCCUCUCAGCACUGCAACACUUGCACUCUCAUGGUUUUGUGCAUCUGGACCUGAAGCCUGCCAAUGUUCUUAUUACUGACUCCGGCCGUCUCAAGCUGGGGGACUUCGGGCUGCUCUUUGAGCUCAAACAGAAGAGUACAGAGUCCGUAGAGGGGAAAGUAAAAGACGACGUCCAGGAGGGGGAUCCCAGAUACAUGGCCCCUGAGCUGCUCUGUGGGAAGUAUGGACCUGCUGCAGAUGUUUUCAGUUUGGGUGUUUCUAUUCUGGAGCUUGCUUGUAAUAUGGAGGUUCCAAAUGGUGGAGAGGGCUGGCAACAGCUCAGACAAGGCUGCCUCCCCUCAGAGUUUACCAGUGAGCUUUCAACUGAGCUUCAGGCAGUGCUGCGGAUGAUGCUGGCCCCAGAACCGUCUGAGAGGCCGACAGUCUCCGAGCUUCUCGCUCUCCCUUCUGUUAAGAAACACAGGUGGAGGAGGCGCAUCUAUCUUUUGUUCUCCGAGACCACGCUGACACUGGUCUCCCUCUGUCAGUUGGUAGUCUGCUUUGGGUGUAGACUCCUGUCCUCCCUUCACUUGUCCUUUCUCCCUCACUGGACCAAGCCAUUGCCCUGCACUCCUCCUCAUGGUAGCUGGGACAAGGAUUUAACCCUGCCCCUCAGUGCCAUGCAUGCUGACUCAGGAAGCCCAGAGGAUGACGCAGUGUUUCUGUUGGAUCCCACUGACCCAGAGCUUUCCCCCACAUUCGCACACAGGGUUAAAUCUAGACUGUCUAUGGAAAGCACAUCCACUCCUCUCCCAGGAUCACCGAGACACAGUUAUCGAAGUCCUGCCCACACCCCUACUCACUCAAAUCCGGGUGAUUGGUCCUCCUGCAACUUAGCGCAGACCCCUUCCAGCAUCCACUCCAAUGGUUCCUGCCACACACUGACUCCCAGUGCAAGCCCCAUACACGCAGAGCUUUACGCAGAUCUGAAUGAAAACUCCACGCAGAGCCGUCAUUCAUCAUCCGGCAAGUCCUCGCAGCGAGGUGGUCGCAACUGGAUCCAAACAGACGAGGCUUUACCCCGACCCAACUUUGAACCAAAGAACCUGCUCAGUCUGUUUGAUGAUACAACACUAGAGGGACAGCCGUGAGGAGACUGCUAGUUUACACUCAGGGGAAAUGUGCUUUCACUCAUUUAUGAAUGUGCCUAGUUUGUAUGAACUGCUUUUUGCCAUAUUGUAACAGUCUUACAACAACUUCUUUUUAUGUGGAUUUGAAAAAAAUAUAUAUGUUUAGGGAAAAGGGUUAAACAUGUAAUCAGACCUUAAAGCACUUUUUUUUUAUGUUUGUGUAAAUGCAAUCUGUUGCUGAAAUGACAAGUCAUUGUGUAAUGUUAAAUACGUUAUCAUUAGCUGUGUGUACUCGAGUUAUUAACCUCAUGAGUUACAGAAGACAAUAAAACAGCGAGGGGAAACAAUCU